CUCAGUUUUACAAUAAUACCAUCCAAAACAUUCACUGUAAGUUGGACAGAUGCAAUAGGAGUUAUUGGAGGGGUAGGUGGGUACCAUACCAACGUGUCUGGUGACUGUGGACAGUGUACUAAUGUGGGUAUAGUGAGUGCCAAUGUGACAAACAUGUCAUGCUCGGGAUGGGAGCCCAUUGGACAGACCUGCAACAUCAGUGUCUACACAGUUACUGAUGACUGUCAGUUUAGGAGUGAAAGUCCUGCCUUUGUUGUUGUACAUCUGAAGUUGCCAACAGUCCCCACAACUACUAGUGUAAUACCGACUUAUGACCUUAGUGGAGGCCUGUUGCGAAUUGCAACUACCUUCAUUGCAAAUCAAGAGAUCACAGAUGAGAAUGGAUUCACUAUCAAGUAUGUGAUUGUAUACACUCACUCAUCACUGGAGAGUGAGCCGGUGGAGAUUCUGUUGGACUGUGCCUCAAAAACUGAAUGUACACACAUCCUCAAAGUUAAUAAUUCUCAUGGCGAGUACUCAAUAGCAACUGGUGCUGUGACUCCAGUGGGGAAAGCAAUCCAACAGGACAACACUACCAUAACGAUUGGAACAAACACUUUUGUACGAGUUACUGUGGAUGUAUUUCAGAGUUUCACAGCUGUCAACUGUUUUUUCUUCGACAAAUACAAUCACAUCUCCUGUGAAGUAGAGUACAGUCAAGAUUGCGAUACCCUUAUUCAGAAAAAAAGAAAUGGAGCUUCAAUUAAUGAGUCAGAUGUGGCUAUACUCCUCAAUGAUAUCUUACCAUCAACACAAUACUGCUUUGUCUUGACAGCUGAAAAUCAAAUGACUACUGUGAAAAUACAAGGAAAAUUCACAGGAUAUAGUGUAGAAAGCACCCUCAGCACAAGCAUAACUACACACUCUACUCCAGGAUACAGUGUAGAGAGCAUCCUCAGCACAAGCAUAAUUACAAGUGUCACCAUCUUUGUAGCUUUAGUCUCUCUAAUAAUACUUGUUGCAAUUGUUAUUGCCUGCUACAAGAAAAAGAGAAACUCAAAAGGUGACGAACCUGUAGAACCUGUUUAUUACUCUGUUGUAAGGCCCGUGGCUGAGGAAGUCACAGCUGAUCCGACUUACGAUGAGAUCUCAGUAGCUGUGAAAAAAUGGAGGGAUAUCACCACAGAACCCAACGAAGCAUACCACCCCGUGUCAGUGCAACCUAACGAGGCCUACCAAACAACCAACAUCAUGCAUGAUAAUUAGUCUAUACAUUUCACACCCAGCUUGCUUCGUGUAUUAUUCUUUACGUACAUGGACGCUAUAUAGAUUGAGUCAGUUGCAGGUAGAUAUAUAAUCCAUUUAAACAUUG